UUGUAUGAACCCUUAUCUGGAGGUACCUCAUAUUUUGGUGAAAUACGGAGUUCUCAUCCCUUCUGAGUGUGUGCAAACAGGGCUUCCUCAGACAACUUCCCACUGGAUUUAAGGAUGAAGAUGCAAGGGAGACAGUGGGAGGGCAAACAAGUCUGCAACAUCUCCCCUUUUCUCUAUUCCCUCUUUCAGCCCACCUUCCCUUUCUCCCUUCCCCACUGUUCCCUGCAGGAGAGGCUUGUUCCCAUGGUGCGAUUCUCUAGAGUUCCAUAUCAGCCCUGUGAUCGUGGCAUCCGUGGAAAUUGAGCAAGUCUCAGAUUCAGGCACACAUCAGUGAUGGGAGGAGCCCAGGGUUGUAGGGACACUGAGGGACUCUCCUGUGGGAGGCUGCCCAGUGUGUUGGCAAAGUGUGCUGCAAACCAGUAAAUGCUGCUGAAGCAGAGCAGCUGGUUUUGUGUGGGAGGCAGAGCCAUGACCUCUCACAGCCUGCAGCUCCCUGGGCUUCUCCUCUGUGGGGAGUCUCUGUGAGACUGCUGGGCAUGAACCCCAGGAUGUACCUGUGGGUUUUGUGGGGAGCAGCUUCAGGGCUUGCUCUGGUUGGGAGCUGAGUUUGCUGCCACAAGCCCUCAGUCCACAGGAAAACGUGCCUCUGACCACAUGACAGCUCUACUGGCUCCCAGCUGUGCUUCUGGGUCUGUCCAAACUGGGCUGUGCUGGAGAGGUUGUGUUUGGCAAGGCUGGAGCUGUGCUGAUCCAUGACAUGCUGCCUUUCUUCUCCUCUGGCAUGACUGCUCCACCUAUGUGGCUUGGCAAAUGGUCCUCUCCUCCUCAGUCUCUCAUUCAACAGCCCAUUAUCCACCUCCACAUGGAGCAUCCCAAAUCUAAGCAGCUCAAGAAAAUGGCCCUGUUUCCAGACCCCUCCUGCACAUUCCCUGCCUUGUACCUGGUGUCUCCUGAGGUCAGGGGCUUUGCUCACUCCCUGGUCACUCACAAGUGCCAGCAGAGACUGUCUGAUUUGCUUAUGCCCCAGGGAAUGCGGAGAGAAGCAUCCUGCACUGGGGUCAGCUGCCUGCUCUCCCAGGCAAAGCCUGGCUCUCCUGCCACAUGGUUCCCCACUGCUGAUGACAAGUGCUGCUCACCUGCAUGUUCAUCAUUAUUGUGGUCAUGUGCUUCACCCAUCUGCCUCAUUCUGGGUCUGUGGCUCACCUGCCUCCACCUCCUUUCUGCAGAUGGAUGAUACAGGCAUGGGCUGUGAAGGAGGCGGGCUCUGCACUAAUGUUGUCCUUUCCUUUUCCCCCCAUAGCCUGACUACAGUCAUUGUCAUUCUGGCUGCAGCGAUCACCCUGAUCAUUGGUUUUGGUGUCUCAGGAAAACACUCCAUCAGUGUGACGGCACUGACGUCUCCAGGGAACAUUGGCCAGCGCAGCAUCCUGGGCUGCACUUUCGAGCCCGACAUCCGGAUGGACAGCAUAGCAAUCCAGUGGGCCAAGGAGGGGGUAGCUGGGCUGGUUCACGAGUUUAAGGCUGGGAAGGACCACCUGCAAGAGCAACAUCCGUCAUUUCGGGGCCGCACGGCCGUGUUUGUGGACCAGGUGAUUGGCGGGAAUGCUUCCCUGGAGCUGAGGGAUGUGCGGCUCUCCGAUGCUGGCACCUACCGCUGCUCCGUCACCACAGCCAGAGGCAGCGGGGCAGCGGUGCUGCGGUACAGGACAGGAGCCUUCAGCAUCCCCGUGGUGCAGGUGGAGAGCAGCAGCCGUGGGGACACGCUGCAGUGCCAGGCCCCGCGCUGGUUCCCUUGCCCUGCCGUGCGCUGGAUGGCCCACAGUGACACUGGGGAGCACCUGCCCCACGCUGCCAACACCAGCUACGAGCUGAACCCCGAAAACAUCACUGUGAAGGUGGUUUCCCUCCUGCACAACAUCACUGCCAAUGCCACCUACGCCUGCGUGAUUGAGAACAGCAUUGCCAAGGCUGUGGUCAACAUCAGAGUGACAGAUUUCAGCAUUACAAAGGUGACAAACUGGCAGCUGGUGAGCCUGAAUGCAGAGUCAGUGCCAUCCUCCUUUCCAGCCUGUCCCUGGAUGCUUCUGCUUCCCUUGUACCUGCUGUCAAUAUAAAGCCUGUAUAAAGCAAUUGGAAACUCUGCUGGACCUGGAGAAUGGGAAUUACAGCUAUGUUGAUGGCAGGACUCACUUCAGGCUUUCCUCCCUCCGGGACAGAGGACUUCAGGAGUUCCUGCUGGUUCCAGAGCACACAGUAGCACAAACGUGAAAUUAUCUGAUUUUUCUUGUGUUACUAUUUCUUACCCACACCAACAACAGGAUACUUUGGCUUCACAAAGAGAGCAAGGAACGUGAUAAGGAGAAUUGCAUAAAGGAAAAGUUCUGACUGCAGGACAAUAUAUGUUCCCUUGUCUGACCUAACACAGUGACCAGAACUCUGAUCAUGGGCAGAAGUUCAGACACAAACAGGAAAAGGGUUUCCUGUAAUACAGCUGAGAACAGCUCCUUUAGAAUGCUAAAAGCAAGCACAUCUUAACUCCCCCCAAACAGAUUCGAUUCACCCAUCUCUUGGCUUGUAAUUCUCUGACUGUACUCAUAAAACUGUAAAUAAGAGAGCCAGUUAAUCUCCUCCAUCUUCUUGGAAUACUAAAAUCAAACCCCCCCUUCUGAAAAAGAGGUGAAUGGCAGAACAGUGAUGGGUUAGAAAACUGCCAGCAGGCUUGGAAUAUCCUGGCAAAGACAAACCACAUCUACAGUCCUGUAUGAGGAGUGAUGAUUGCAUUUGUAAUGUGAAAUAAAAGAGGAACAGAUAAGUAGACACCAGACAGAAAACUAACAUACAAUAGGAGGAGGAAAAGGAGACUAGUAAGACACUACUGGAAGGUUCAAAUUCAGAAGCAAAGUUAUUAAACUGAGAUACAGUCAAAUUUUCCUUUUUAAUUUUUUAAAUAAGUGUUAUCUGGCACUUCCUAUCUAUUUCUGUUUGUUACUGUGUUAUUCAUAUUACAGGACUACUUUCAGUUGCACUUUUAAA